UUUUUUCUAUGAAUGAUCUUUUGAUUUGAUUGUCGGUUUCUGAUCGGAGUUCUUUUCUUUUUAUUGUUUUUCUCUAUCAUUUACUAAAUUAGCUUCAUAUGCAAUUCUUUGAUUAUUAUUAUAUCGAACAUUUUAAGUCUGUGUUUGGUUGCCCGGAAAAUUCUCUCCACUGGAAAAGUGAGGGAAAAGUGAGGUCUUACUGUUUGCUUCAGAGAGAAGGGUUGUCGGUAAAAAAAGAAAAAAAGGCAAAUAAGUAUCACUGUAGUAAAAAAGAUUCUUCUUUGUGAUGCAAUGGAUAUUGAACAAGUUGAAGAUCCAACAGCAGUUUUGAUUGGUUAUGAGAAAACUGGCAUGGAUAGCAAAGGAAAGACUAAAAUAUGCCAUGACAAGAAGUGGGAAGACCAUGUAAAGGAUGCUUCUUCCAGUUAUCAGGGAAAUUCCGUUAGUGUAGCAGGAUCUGAGGACAGUAACAAUCCUCUCAAGAGUUCUACUGCAGGAUCAAUCAAUUCAAAUAAUCUCAAUAGUUCCAACUCUGACUCGUCAUAUCAUGAUGAUGACGAGGAUUGUGAUGACGACUAUGAGGACUAUGCCGAUGAUGUUUCUGAUUGUGGUGAAAAUCAUGAUUUCUUAUAUGAAGAUGAUUAUUCUAUUAUGCAAUCCCAUUUUGAUAAUGUGGAUCUUCCUCCUGGGGUGGAGGCUUCAAUUCCAUGGUUGAAAGACCCUGCUCCUAUUGGAAAUGUGCCUCCAGUCCUGGCUGCUUCAGCUGCCCCUUCUCCAGCUGAAAGCAAGAAGGCAACAUCAAAUUUGGCUGAUAGUAAAGUGAAGUCAGCUUCUACCAGUAUUUCAAUGGUCCCAAGGGAGUCAGCGUCUCAUCAGAAAGAAGAAAAUGAAGAACAUGGAGUUAUGCAAAGAUAUCAAAGUUUCAGACAUUUUGAUGUUGUGGAUGAUUUCUCAGACCAUCAUUACAGCAAUUUGACCUCAUCAGGAGAGAAGCAACCAAAGGAGUGGGCCAAGCGAAUUCAAGACGAGUGGAAAAUUCUGGAGAAGGAUAUACCAGAACUAAUAUACGUGAGAGUUUAUGAAGCAAGGAUGGAUCUUUUAAGGGCUGUCAUUAUAGGACCCUCUGGUACUCCAUAUCAUGAUGGCCUUUUUGUCUUUGAUUGUUUAUUCCCUCCAAAAUAUCCCAAUGAGCCUCCGAUGGUUUAUUACUAUUCUGGUGGCCUCCGGUUAAAUCCAAAUUUGUAUGACUGUGGUAAAGUAUGCCUAAGUCUUUUGGGCACCUGGCAUGGUCAACAGACUGAAAUGUGGGUUCCAGGGAAAUCAACUAUGCUGCAAGUUUUGGUUUCCAUACAAGCUCUGAUACUGAAUGCUAGACCCUUCUUUAACGAGCCUGGGUAUGAAACUUCGUAUGUUGGGGCUGAGGGUGACAGGAGGUCCAGGAAGUACAAUGAGGAAGUAUUUAUUCUAUCCUUAAAGACAAUGAUUUACACACUAAGAAGACCACCGAAGCACUUUGAGGACUUUGUUGCUGGUCAUUUUCGCAACCGUGCACGUGACAUUAUUGUGGCAUGUAAGGCAUAUAAAGAGGGUGCUGCAGUAGGGUCUGUUGUAGUUAAAGACGGUGUUCCAGAUACUAAUAAAAUCGAAAAGGGUAGCUCUGAGGCAUUUAAAGGAACAAUGUCAAAGAUGAUUAAUGCAGUGGUCAAAGAGUUUGUGAAGAAUGGGUCAACAGACUGUGAGCAGUUUCAGAAUUGUGGCAGUUGAUACCAUUUGGAGUUGGUUGGACGUGAAGCGAAGGUUGGGAUGGAUUGUGAAGCCAUUAUGGAAAGCUAAUGUUGAUCAUUUUUAGCUUGUCUUCCAAAUGCUUUAGUGAACGCAUUUUUAAUAAACUUAGUUACAUUAUUACUACUUCUUACCGUAUAUAUAAGCUGCUUGGGAUUCUAUAUAGGUUUAACUAUGUAUAGUGGAAUGGCUCGGAAUGAUUCAAAGAGUUUAAACAUGGUUCUUUUCCGGUCUUAAGAGUAAUAAUUUCUGUCUUUCCAGUCAACAUGGUUAGGUAAAUUGUAUGUCGUUUGCAGCAUAUGCAUCAGCAUUUCCAAAAUCUCGUCUCACUCCUGGCCCUUAGCGGUUAAUUGUGGGCUAAAUUUGUUGUUUUAAAAGCCAUUUACACCUAAAUUUAACAGAAGAAAACACAAUUGUAAUAUGUAUAGCUUGAGGCAAUUUUAAACAAAAGGAUUCCAACUCUAGUAUAUCAUAACAGAUUAACAUUUGACUCCACUUUGUUAUUUUGAUUCAAGGGUAAAAAAAUUAGUGCAA